AUGCUUAGUAGCUCAGACUGCUUAAAAAAGCUAUCUUUUCCGAGUAGAUUUGUUCGCCAUAUUAGAGGGCAUAAAAUGUUGUAUAUUUGGUGUGCGGUGAUCGCGGCUUAUGCAGCGAUGAUCUUGUAUCUCCGACUUCCUAUGGUUGUUUUCCCUGCAUUUCUGUUUAUAACCUUUCUGGCGUCUGGUGGGCGGAAUUUCCCUAAAGUUUUCUUUCGAACGAUUCUGCGUGAUGUGAGGUACGUUUUUCUCUGAUUUUUAUCUAACAGACAAUCGAAGGUUAACAUAAUCGUUUAAUUUAUGAUCGUAAUUUGUUAAACAUGUACAUUAUUGAUCAACAAGCAUCGAUCAGGUACUCUACCGGUGUGCGACAAACGCAGACUGCAGACUUGCGCAGGUAAACGAGGUAAAUGUUGUUGUGAAAUGCUUUAACAGAUUCCCUGUCCCUAAACACUUAAAGGUUAGGGACAGGGAAUCUGUUAGAUCAUUUCACAACAAUGUUUACCUUAUUUACCUGCAAGUCUGCAGUCUGCGUUUGUCGAACACGGUCUCAGACAAAAGUGUAGUGAGGACACUUCUACCAAAAGCUGUUUUGUCUUUUGCUUUCUGGCCCGUCUCCUUGUCCUCCCAAUGUUGCUUAUUACACUAAACUUACCAAAUCUUGCACACCAACAUUGGGAGAGUAAGAAGACAGUAAAGUGUCCCAACAAUUUUGACUGAGACUGUACUUUAUCUGGUCUGUAAACGCUGUUAGAUAAACGAAAUGGUUCAUGCUUUUAGCUGUGUGUAUAUGGAAAUAUGGAUGUACUUGCAGUCUAUUCAACCUUAUUGGGAUUUUAGAUAAUUGAGGAAUCAUGCCAGCGCUGAAGGGGUGAGCUGCUAGGGCAAGCCCUAGGAUUUCACAGUAACAAUCGUUUCCGUUACCGUGUUGUUACCCUGAUCUUAAAAUAAUGGAACCGAAAAAUAGUUUGACAUGUCCUGAUAUAUUCAGACUGAGGGAUCAAAAUAUGCCAUGGUCAUGUAUACUAGGAUGUUGUUUCCUUAGUUAGUAAAAUGUUAAAUAAACAACUGGUCAAUAAAUUUAGUUUUUUCCCAACCACGUGCAUUAACCACUCCUUGCAAUUGACCAAGGACCCAGGCUGUGUUUACAAGGUUCUUCAAUUGGCAAUUAAUUUCAGAGAAGUACAGUAAUGAUUUUCACUUAUGGUAUAUAACCAAUGUCACAUUUUAUUGACAUUGUUUGGUUUCAUUGCAGGGGUAUUUUUCGUUAUUCAAAGGUGAUUUAUUACACCCGCCGUUAUAAAAGAGAAAAGAAAACAGUUCCUGAUAUAUUUCAACUAACAGUCUCCAAAUAUCCUCAAAAAGCUGCCAUAAUAUUUGAGCAGAAAACUUGGACAUUUCAAGAGGUUGAAGACUAUUCCAACAGGAUAGCCAAUUAUUUCAAGGCACUGGGUUACCAGAAAGGAGAUUGCGUGGCUGUUUUAUUAGAAUCCAGCCCUGAGUUUGUCUGUGCAUGGCUGGGACUGUCUAAACUUGGUGUUGUUACUGCUCAAAUCAACACCAAUUUGCGGCUUGAUUCACUUUGGCAUUGUAUAUCGGUUGCCAAUGUAAAAGCAGUAAUUUUUGGAUCUAAUUUCUCAGGUAAAAAAAUCUUGGCCAAAAUUACCAAUAUUCAGUUUAUCCUGCAACCUAGCCCUCCAUUUGACUAUCCUAAGGGGUGAAAGGUUACGCACAAGCUACACUAAACAGGCAAAGCAAGGCAGGAGGGUGUAACACUGGUGAAGGGUGAUUUUUUUCAAGUCUCACUCUUUUCCCAGCCAAUUACUUUUCACAGCUUGGCCAUGAGUGACCUUCUAAGCUUACAAUUUCCCCAUGGAGAGCUUGCUUGCAGUCUGUUUCCAAUUGUUUGGUACAUGUAUUUGCACACAGUGAAAUGAAAUACAGUUUGUAAAGUGCCACUUAUAAGCCUGGGCUUCUUAGUUCUACAUCUUCAUAAGGGGAUUUAGGAUGGCUUAACCCUUUAAGCUCCAAUAUCCACAUACAAAUUCUCCAAACUGGUCUUUAUACAUUUCCUUAAGGAAUAAGUUGAGAGAAUUUGGUAGAAGAUCAAAGCAUUUUCUCUUAGGUCAUCAUUUUAUUGACUCUCAUAACCAUUUCUCUUGGCAACAUAUGGAUAUUGUUAGGAGAAAAUUGAUCUUGGCCACUAUCGGGACUUAAAGGGUUGAUUAUAAAAAGAGGGGCUUAUUUUGAUGGGGGCUUAUGACCUUAAUAGAAAAGCGCUUACUGAUCAAACAGUCAACAGUACUGAUCAAAAUUAUACAUUUUACAUUUACUAGUAUUAAUUGUUAAGCUUCAAAACCCCGAGUAAAAAGUAACUAAACAUUGCAUACACUUUUAUUUUUGCUAUUACAGGUGCUAUUAAGGAAAUCCAGACCAGAAUUCCAAGCAAAGUACAGCUGUACUCUUUAGGAGAUUCCCCAACAUUGCCUUCAGCGACCAAUUUAGAGAAAGAGCUUGAAAAUUGUUCAUCUGUAGCACCCAAUGUCACUCACUCUAAAUCUAUUGCAGGUAAGUAAAGAAGGCAAAAACCAAGCAGUUUGUAGGAAACUGCAUGUAUGUGUUCAAUUUUAUCCUUGGUUUAAAUUUUAUUUUCUUUUGUUUUUGGGUAUGGUGAUGUAUGAUAAUGACAUGAUAAUGAGUUUGAAACAAAAGAAAAUAACAGGUUUUUGCAGAAUUCAUGAUGGGUUAGCUGAUUGUAGAAGUAUAGGUAGAACCUGCAUUACCUGACCAGAGCUCCCAGCUGAAACCAUCGCAGCAAAUAGAAAACAAAAAUUGGCAACUAGAAUGGGAACUAAAGUCAUGCAAUUUGGCUACCUGUGUUCAGCUGUCAUGUACUACCCCAUUAAUUCGAUUAACACCUUAAAUUUUAGCAUUUCCAAUUCAGCAUUUAUUCAAGGCAGCAUUUAUUUCAAAAUCACUUUUCUUAAAUCACUGACACAGGAUUCGUACAAAGUCUUGAAUUCUUGAAAAAGUCUGAAAAUUUUGCCCAGUAAUUUUCCAGACCUGGAAAAAGUCUGGAAAAUGGUAAAAAGUCUGGUAAAAAGUAAGAACCCUGCUGAUAAUAGUUACGGUAAAUUGUUUGUAAAUAUUAUGAAAAGUAAGGUUUCCAAUGUCUCUCCUAUUUUGCUGAGCGGUCGUCCUUCUUUCCUCAGAGCCACACACAGUGAGAGAAAAAAGUAAAAUUAUGCAAAUUAAUGGUAAAAGGAGGAGAGAUUGGGGCAGAGAGAGGAAAAGGAUGCCCUCGGAGAUUUUAUUGUAUUUUGAAUUACCAUGAGUGAAACAGAAAUGCCCGAUUGGUCGGCUACUUGUCAAUCUGUCAACACCAAAAAAUCUCACUCUCAAGGGAGUCAGUACGGCUCCAACUUUUGUAGAACAUGGUGACCAGACAAGAACUGCAGUCACUGCACUCCAGUUUCCAAAUGGAAAGGGAGAUCUGUUAAUUGAUUAACUAGCCCAUGCUUUUGUGGAACCUGGAGUAUAUUCUCGAUCAAAAUAUAUCCUAUCUAAAUUUCUGUACAUGACCACGAAAGGUGGUCAACCAUAAUACCGUAUUGCCAGGCUUCUUUGCUUUUUUGCUUUCUUCUUCCCGUACUUUGAGGAAUCCUGUUUUUUACAGAGUUUCGGGAUUCAUUACGAUAGUAUCAUUGCAAUACCUCACAGAUGAGAAGAGAUCCGAUGUUCCUAAUCAAACAGCAGUGAAUACCCUCGUUCCUCGUGGCUUCGCCACUCACCCCCCUUGCAUUCUCUCAAUCUACUGUGACUCAAAAGAAAAAUAAGAGAGAGCUCACAAUCUAAAUCGUAAAUGUCUGGAUGGUGUAAAUUACCAAGUUGUACCGAGUUUGUUCUAUUAUCCUCCAAUAAGCGCCACAUUUUUUCGAUAAGGUGCAGCAUUUAUUCAAGGGCGGCAUUUAUAGGUAAUUUUGCUUCAAUCUACGGCAUUUUGUCAAGGGCUGUGUUUAAUCGAAUAAAUACAAAAGUAGGUUGAGUGUGAUCGUCCGGGUGAACAUAGUCCUGAAUAGGACUGUUGUUGUUGACAGUGACUGACGUUUCGACAACAAAGUGAGACGUUGUAUCACGUCAGUUGAUGGUAUUAUACUGUGGUUAUUGAUCUGAUUGGUCAAUUACGUCACAAUGUUAUUGGUCGUCUGUCAGUUAAGCUGUGAUGUUAUUGGCUAUGAAGACUCAUAAUCAGUAAUUGGUGCGUUUCGAUCCGUCUAUUGUCACAGUUAACCCUUGAAGUCCUAAUGGUGACCAACAUCAAUUUUCUCCUAACAAUAUCCAUAGAUUGUCAAGAAAUUAGGUUAUGAGAGUUAAUAAAAUGAUCAUCUAGGAGAAAAUGCUUUGAUCUUUUAUCAAAUUCUCAACACAUUCUUAAAGGAAAUAUGUAGAGAUCAGUUUGGAGAAUUUGUAUGUGGUUAUUGGGGCUUAAAGGGUUAAACAGUCGUCUAUUGUUAGUCAAAUUAUCAGUUCUCCAGUCGUUCUCUUGUAGUUAGUUUUGCUUGAUCUUGUGCUUUUAUUAGUUUUGUUCAUGGUCCCAAAGUGCCCGCAAAAUAGGGGUUAACUGUCAGUAGGACAGUCAUUGGAUUUCUCUUCACCUCUCUUGACUGCAUUUGUCCUCUGUGGGUCUUCUAACUCCUGUACAUUCUCUUAUUCUUUUUAGAUAAGUUACUGUAUAUUUAUACAUCAGGGACUACAGGAUUGCCGAAAGCUGCAGUUAUAACAAAUGCUAGGUAUGUACAGACUGCCUGUGUAGCAAGCAUUUCCUUGCAAAUUCAUUGAGAAAGUUGGGAGGAGAGCAAAGAAGAGGAGUGAAUGGGGAGGGGUGGGAGGUUUCCUCUUCUCCCCCCCUCUUCCCCUUCAAUGUUAAUUCUAUUUGGUCAGAGGCCUGGUCUCAUCUACCCAAGAACAUUUACAAUUUUACCAUCCGCUACAUCAACAACUCCCUUCCUACACGUAAGAAUAUGGCAAGAUAGGAAUUAUUACCAAGUCCUUAUUGCUCCUGACUGCUCCUUAAUCCUUAAGCACUCCUUCAUAUUGUCGCUGGUUGAUCACUUCACCUGGGGACAACCCUUCCCUUCAUUGCCAUUCAACCUGGAAUUUAAUGUUCACCCUUCACUCUAUGCCGAUGUCAAAGGUUUUCUGAAUCCUUCAAUAAUAACCGGUGAAAAUUAUCAUCCAGAUCUUCUUUUCCUAAUUCAGUCCAAGUGCCUACAUGUUCUAGAAUAAACAGUUGGUUUUGAGUCUAACCUUAAUAACAAUGCAGUGCGUAAAAAAAAAAACAGAUCUUGGUCAAAGAAAUGAGCAGAAAUUACAGAUGUGUGAAAUUUGUAAACCUCUCCAUGAGCUCCCUUGGUGUUUUCUAUGACAAAUGUUCCACUUUCUUAAACAUUGGCAUUGACAAAAAGCAGCAACAUUAUGUGUCAAAAAAAUGAUAAAAUAAUAUAGCCAUUAGAGUAACAUAUUACAUCUUUUGUUGUAGAGAUAGGAAUUGGGAUAGCCCAGACUUAAUGACAUUUUGAUUUUUGAAUAAUUCAAUCUCAAGCAGCCAAUUGUAACUUGCCUAUACGUAGCGAGAUUUACAAAUUAAUGUACAUUCAAAAAGACAAAUAAAGUUUCCAUUAUUUAGAAAGACACUGGUAUUAACUCUUAAGAAAUUUACUGCUUUUAGCUGGAAACCAAGUUAUUUUAAUGCCCCACCUCUCUUUCUUUUCAGGAACAUUACAUGUAGCUCCACGUACUCCUUUAUUACCAAUUUCUUAUCUUUUAGAUACUUUAGGAUGGCAUAUGGGAUAACAUGCGCACUCUGCGUAAGUACAGAAGACAUUGUUUACUCCUCCCUGCCCCUGUAUCACUCUUCUGCUGGCGUCCUCGGUGUCGGGCAGUGUCUCAUUAAUGGAUGUACAUUGGUUCUGCGACGCAAAUUUUCUGCCAGUCAAUUUUGGGAUGAUUGUGUAAAAUCAAAGGCUACAGUAAGUGCUGUCAUUUUUCUUUUAUUUUUGUGUUUGAUUUAAUCGGGGCAAUGUGGACACGUUUUGCAUGAGCAAAACUCAUACUCCAGUCAGAACAGUUGCAACUCUUACCCUUUUAUUGUUGUAAUCACGUAUGAGGAUGUUGUGGCUUAAUUUCAUCCUAACCUCAAUUAGUCUUUAUUUUUUUUGUGCAUGUGUGUGUAUGUAAGUGUUUGAUGUUGAGUAAAAAAAAGGAAAAUAAAGUUGAACCACAGGGAUAUUGAAUCUAUGGACAAAAUUAUGUUAAUAAUUUGACCAUAAUGAACCUGUACCUCAGCGGUUCUCUUGCGUUGUUUGUGUUAUUCAUGCUUCAUGAUUUUACUUUGAGAGCACUAAGUGCUUAGCAAAAGAGCUCAUACUAAUUUUUCAUGUUCUGAAACUGUUCUUGCACGUCAACACGUUAUUUGACGAUGGAAACGUUUAUGAAGGGGUCGGAAGGUUCAUGAAGUCAAACACAGUCCUAAAGGCAAUACCUUCACUGUUAUUUUUUCUUGUGCGUUAGAUCGUUCAGUACAUUGGUGAGGUUUGCCGCUACCUUUUGGCUCAACCUUAUCGUCCUGCUGAGAAACAGCAUUCGGUGCGCCUGGCAUUUGGCAACGGUCUCCGGCCUCAGAUUUGGGAAGAGUUCCAGUCCCGCUUUGGCAUCAAACAAAUUGGGGAAUUUUAUGGCUCAACUGAAGGAACUGCCUCCGUAGUCAACAUAGACAACAAGGCUGGUGCUUGUGGUUUUGUUUCAGAGAUUGCGCCCGCUAUCUAUCCUGUGACCAUUAUCAAAGUUGAUCCUGACACGGGGGAAAUAGUGCGUGGAGCAGAUGGACUGGCUGUGAGAACCAAGCCUGGGGACGUUGGACAGAUUGUUGGGAAGAGCUCAAAAGGUAUUUUGUUUGACUUUAUUCGUGCUGAUUUUUGCGAGGCUUAUAAACAAUUUUGUGAAAUGUAAGUCCCACAAAAGAAGCGAAGUUAAGUUGUCGUGAUUUUCGUUUUGUUAUUGUUCUGUUAAGUGUUGACUUAGACUCUUUUUAUCCUCAUUAUGUUUCUUUCAUUACGACUUUUCUGACAAAUCGCGAAAUUCAAGUUUCGCAAAAUGUACCUCUCCCAUUUUCAACAAUUAUGUGACCGGGAAUAUUAGCACAAAUUAAUAUUUUAUUCUGUAAUAAACACCAAUUUGGCCUACUUAUUACUAAGCUUGAAGCUGCCUUGACUUAAGUCACAGGUGUCCCAACUGAUCCUUUUCUUUGAGUCACAGGUGACCCAACUGACCCCUUUUCUUAUGUCACAGGUGACCCUUCUAAUCGUUUCGAAGGCUACCUUAACCCCGUGGAGACUUCCAAGAAAGUCGCCCAUGAUAUAUUCCGUAAGGGUGACACGGCCUUCCUUUCUGGAGACUUGGUAGUGAGGGAUGAGUUGGGCUACAUCUAUUUUCGCGAUCGAACCGGAGACUCGUUCCGUUGGCGCGGUGAGAACGUGUCCACAGCUGAAGUCGAGGCGAUAAUGAGCAAAGUACUUGGUCUUUGUGAUGUUGUUGUUUACGGUGUCUUGGUACCCGGCUGUGAGGGGCGUGCGGGUAUGGCGGCCAUUGUCGACCCAGACAACAAAGUUAAUCUUGAAGGUUUGGCUACUAGUCUGAAGAAAUUAUUGCCGAGUUACGCUUGUCCGAUGUUUCUUCGGAUUGUGCAUAACGUUGACAUAACUGGUACAUUUAAACUUCAGAAGAACAAGUUAAAGAGUGAAGGCUUUGAUAUAGGCCUCGUGGAAGACCAGUUAUACUACUUUGAUUCCAGAGAAAAAUUGUAU